GUACAAUGCCCAUCAUGCAAGCACACCUCCAGCACCAUCGAGCCAACGGUCUACCUGUCCCUGGACCUCUCGCCUCCUGGAGUCGUUUCCUUGGAGGAUGCACUCGAAGAUUUCUGUCGCGUCGAGACGUUGGAUGCUGAGAACAAGUGGGAGUGCGAGAAAUGCAAGAAGAAGGAGUUGCCGAGGAUCCUGAUUGUUCAUCUCAAGCGAUUCUCGUACAACGCGCAAGGCAGUAGGAAGAAGAUACAGAAGCAAAUAUCCUUCCCCAAGCUCUUCGAUCUGGCAAAGUUUGUCGACAACUCUGAUCCGUCAUCGCCAAGACCGAGAAACACGUUGUACUCCUUGUAUGCGGUCAUUUCUCACGAGGGGCAGUCGCUGACCAACGGACACUAUAUCAGUUACUGUAAAUCCUCCGCAGGUUGGAUGGAGUUCGACGACGACAGUGUC